AGGAGGAGAAGGUAGAGAUGCAAUUCUUUAAGAGCGACUGAGCAGGUUGGCAGAAAACUCUCGUCCCGGUUCCCAGACAUAAAGUCUUUCCGUUUAACGGUCCAGCGCCUCCACCAUGUCGUCCAGACCUUUUGAAAGUCCGCCUCCUUAUCGACCUGACGAAUUCAAACCUUCAAACUAUGCACCAAGUAAUAAUACAUACGGUGGUGAAUUCCAUUCUCAGCCCAUAUUCUCCCAGCCAGCAUAUUCUUACUAUCCGGAAGAAAAAGUACAGCACUUCUACAAAUGGACGUCCCCUCCAGGAAUAAUCAAGAUCAUGUCGAUUCUCAUAAUAGUGAUGUGUGUUGGUGUCUUUGCUUGUGUUGCUUCCACGCUACCUUGGGACCUAGACGUGUAUGGAAGUACUCUGGGGACUGGUAUGGGAUAUCCGAGCUAUGGUGGAUCUGGUUUUGGAGGCAACUAUGGUUACGGCUAUGGAAGUUAUGGCUAUGGAGGGAGUGCUUAUGGCCUUGGAGGGAAUUAUAUUGAACCUCGGUCUGCAAAAGGCUUUAUACUUGCAAUGACAGCAUUCUGCUUUAUUGCUGGACUCAUGGUUUUUGUAACAGGCGUUACCAAGAAUAGCAUGGCCAGAACAACAAAGUAUUAUCUCAUAAUCAUCAUAGGAAGUGCUAUCUUGCUGUUCUUGAUGUUCAUUGCCACCAUAGUGUAUGUGCUGGCAGUCAACCCAACUGCACAAGCUUCGGGAUCGAUAUUCUACAAUCAGAUUUCUGCCCUGUGCAGCCAAUUUUAUGUUACAACAAAUACUGCCAUCUUUGUGAAUCAGUAUUUGUAUCACUAUUGUGUGGUGGAACCUCAGGAGGCUAUUGCUAUUGUCUUAGGAUUCCUGAUUGCCGUAGCUUUUAUCAUCAUAAUAUUAUUUGCGGUAAAGACACGGAAUAAGAUGAAUCACCAUGGUAAAAUGAAUAUCCUAUGGGAUAAUACAAAAGAUUAUGAAGAAGCUCCCAAUGUAGAAGAAUGGGUGAAAAAUCUAAAUGCGGAGCCUUCAUCACCUAUGCCAGUAACUGACUACCCAGACAGAAUUGCCAGUUCUAUGGCUUACUCAGCUUCUGAUGUUCCUGCACAUCGUGUCUAUCCUGAAAAUAACUACAGAUCUACACCGAUGCCUGCAACUAUCGACCCCUUAACAAAACAGUAUGCCGAUACUAGCAAUCACAAUGGGUCAGCUAAGGUCCCAGCACAAAAAAGAAAAGCAAGGAGACAGAAACAAAUCAACAGUGACAACUAUGAUGCAGAUUAUACCACUGGAGGGGAAUCGUGCGAUGAACUGGAAGAGGAUUGGUACAGGGAAUAUCCAGCUGUAUCAUCAGACCAUCAAAGGCAAGCAUACAAGCGAGACUUUGAUGCAGAGCUGCAAGAAUACAAGCGUUUGCAAGCGGAGCUUGAUGCAAUCAGUAAAGAACUCUCCCGCCUUGAUAAAGCAUUGGAUGACUACCGUGAAGACAGUGAGGAAUAUAAGGUUGCUGCUGAAGAAUACAACAGACUGAAGGAUAUCAAAGCUUCAUCAGACUAUAAGAACCGAAAGGAGCACUGCAAGAGGCUGAAGAGCAAGCUAUCGCACAUCAAAAGGAUGGUCACUGAUUAUGAUAGUCGGAAGUCAUAACAAGGGGGAGGGAGCGUAUUUGCUUAAAUAUGUAUACUUUCAUAAAGCUGGGAUGCAGUUGUUUUGGAUCACAGGUAAUUGAAGAAAGCUAUUGUUUCUUUUUUUACUUUACAACUGCACACAUUUGUGCCAUGUUAAUAUGAAGCCUGAACUUUGGCACUCCAUAUAUUAGGGCCUUUCGUACUUUUCACUGAUUCAAGGGAUUUUGUCCUGUACAUCCUUCACAUGCUGUUGGCCAUAAUGUAAAGGACUUUAAAAAAUUGUUUACCUUAUAUCUCUGUAAUGACUUGUGCUCCAUUUUCCUUGGCAUGUUGCUAUGUGCCUUUUAAAAGCAGUUACAAAAUACUGGGUAUAGUCUUCCAAUUCCUUUUACAAAUCCUACUUGUGUUUGUUGUAGUGUUGUAUGCUAUUUACAGUGUGGGUUUGGUGCUUUUCAUAGAAUAGGACGGGACCUCCAUGGUCAUCUAGUUCAACCCCCUGCACAAUGCAGGAAAUUCACAAAUACCUUCCC